AUGUCUCUGGAGCUGGCGCGCGCCGGCUACAGCGCCCUGGAGGGGGCCACGCAGCAGGGCCUCGCGGCGGAGGAGGCCACCGUGGCGGACAUCGUGGCCCAGGAGAUGUCCAGGCGACGUGACCGCGCCCGAGCGGAGGAGCAGAGGUCCUUCGUCUACCCCGACGAGGACGAGGAGGCGGCCGAGGAGCAGGCUGUCGAGGAGGCCGCCGCCGAGGGCGCCGAGGAGCUGUCGGACUUCUGGCUGGAGCAGACGGUGGCCAUGGACAUGCAGUACUGCCUGAAAGCCAUGGCCGACCCCGACGAGCCCCUCGCCGCGGCCGACGGCGAGCCAGCGAGCGCCGAGGCAGCCGACGAGGGUGGCGACGGCCAGGAGGAGCCAGAGGCCUCGGAGCAGCAGGCGGAGGACGGCGAGGGCGAGGCCGAGGGGGGCACCGUCUUCGUGGGCAAGAGCCUGCUGGACAGCCUCCGGGCGGCCGCGGCCGCCGGCACGGAGCCGUCGCGGGCCGACCUGGUCCGGCUGUUCGACACCGACGCGCUCCCGGAGGAGGAGGCCCUGGAGGCCGUGGAUGCCAGCGGCCUGGGAGCCAGCUUCGAGGCAGACCCUCCGAAGGCCAUCGACGCGCUGGUCACGAAGCACGGGGCGAAGGAGGUGUUUCAGCUCAUCUUAGAGGCGCACGCAGUGCUGAACGACGAUGCGGAUUCCGAGGACGGCCAGGACGAUGCGGCGGACUCGGAUGUGUGCCAGGAUGAAGCGGCGGAUCCGGAGGAAGCGGCCGCGGCCGACGGCGGCGCUGCGGACCCGGCCGAGCCGCCGCCCGAGAAGAAGCCGAGGGUCGCCUGA